UAAUAAUUACAUAUAAAUCAUAUUUUUUUUUUUAUACCAAGGUGUGAUAAAUACGUGAAUCUUUUUUUUUCUCUCUCUCCUGAAAAAGUAAAUAUUUUCAAAUAAUUGUUGUAAACAAUUAUUCAUCUACUGCAGUUGUUGUAGUGUACAAAGAAAAAUUUUAUUCGCUUCGAUUUCUCUCAUCUUUUUGUUCGUUCUUUUUGCGGAGAGUAAAUUUGACGUCUCGCCGUUAAUGAGAUUAAGUUUUCCGGUGAGUGCAUCCUCACAUACAUGGAGUUUCAGCUGGAUAGUGCAGAAUACUGCCAGGCUCAACACAAAUAAAGAGACGAAUAAUAAAAAGUUGAGAAACUGAUCAGACAACUGUAAUAAAUAAAAAAAAAAAGAAAAUUAAAAAGCAGAAAGAGCCAGAAGAAGCACAUCAUCACUCUAAUAAAGAAGAAGUCGAUAAGGCAAAGGGUCUCAUCGUCAAAAGAACAGAAGCAACCCCAUCAGCUAGUCACGCCCGCGCAAGACAUAGAGAAAUUACUUAGACGCAAUUACAAAUUAACUGGUUUUUUGAACUUGGGCAAAAGCCGAGAGCAUUCUCCAUUACAAGUCCCGGCGCCAAAUAAUCUUCCGUAUAGUGAAACCACUAGUAGGAAACAAGCGCAUAUCAUCAACGCCUAAUGUAACAUAGCCCUCCCUCUUAUAAAACAUUUAAAUCCCCAUAAGACCUUCCGGAGAUCUAUAUGCAAGAGCCCACUCUUCUGUCCUCUGUAUUAAAGUAAAAAAUAAAAAAAAGUAAUAAUAUCAACCACAACAAGAUCAACAAUAACAAAUAAAAAAAAAAGUUGAAAUCAUUUUAAUUAGUUAAGAGAGGAAAAAAAAAGAUAACGACAUAAGACUGACUUAUUUAUGGGCUAACUUGUCAAGUAUAGCCAUUGUUGCCUAGUGCAGUGUUGUUCUUCUUCUUGACGAAGCAGGUAUUUAGAGGUAAAUUUAAAACCAAGGGGGAGAUAAUUUUUUAAACUUUGAGGAGCAUCGGGAAAUGAGCAACAUGAGGGUUAAGGAUAUCAGGCCGGCACCAGCCGAAAUUGAUUACAAGAACAUGAAAUUCCUUAUCACCGACCGACCCAAUGACCAGAAUAUCCACACUUUCAUACAGGAGCUAAAAAAGCACAAUGUGAAAGAGGUGGUGAGGGUAUGCGAGCCUACGUAUAAGGUCGAAGAACUCAAAUCAGAAGGGAUCAGUGUACUGGACUUGGUAUUCGAUGAUGGGACGUUUCCACCCAGGGAGGUUGUUGACGAGUGGUUCGAGCUGCUAAAAAAGCGAUUUGGAGAGACACCCGAUGCGUGCGUCGCCGUUCAUUGCGUUGCAGGUCUUGGCCGAGCACCUGUACUAGUCGCACUCGCCCUCAUCGAACUUGGUUUGAAGUAUGAAGACGCGGUAGCUCUUAUUCGAGAAAAGAGGCGCGGGGCUAUUAAUGCCAAGCAGUUGGCGUUCCUGGAGAAAUAUCGUCCCAAGUCGCGACUGAAGCUCAAAAAUGGGCACAACUCCUGCUGCGUCCAGUAGAUACGUGUAGAAAAUAACAUAAAAUUAUUUCAAUUGACAAACUAAUUAAUACUGAUUUGUAUACAUAAUUUACUCGGGUUUCUACCCACACCUGACAACCACAACAACAAACAACAAUAACAACAAUAAUAAUAAGAACAAAAACACGAAUGACACAAUUGAAUUCCUCUAAUAUUGUACGGCGUAUUCAUAUUGUUUGGAUUAUGAGCGCCGUUCAUACCAGUGGAAAUGCAAACCGGAUUGUCUCUGCAUCCAGUCACAGUUCCGUCUAAAGAAAUUUAAGUUGACCAAACAAAACUCUUGAUUCGCUUCACAGGAGAUGAAUAAAUGCCUCUUUUGAAUGAAAAAUUACUUUUAUCCAUUACAUUCAUCCAUUUCUUAUUCUUAUUGUUACCUAUUCUUGUUUAAAUUAUUUAAAUGUUCAAUUAAUUUAAAAUUUACUUAGAAAGAAUAGAGUCUGUUGCUGCAAGUUGGCAGAAAAAAAAACCUCAUUCCCUCGAUUAUUUUCCUUUCAGGAGUAUUACUGAGAAAAAUGGGAUCCUCUUGCGCCACAUUUGUCAAUGAAAGAGGGUCACUAGUUACGUGGUAAUUCGCCUAUCCUAUCACACCCCAGCAUCCCAAGAAAAAAUGAACAUUUUCCAAGCAUAUGAUGGAGUAUCCCUGAAAUUGUCAUCCCGUUCUUGAAUCACGUGGCUGGAAAAAUCUUCUCAAGGUGAAGCCAGGGUAUUCGGCGUUGCGUUUCCAUUGGAAUCCAUAAGGUGAGAAAUGAUAAUGAUUUGUAAUUUCUAUAAACGUAACGAUAAAUCCAAAGUUCACAUGAAGAUAACCAAUAGAUAAAUUAUGAAAGGGGGCAACGCAAUUGAAAUGCAGAGCUUUGGUGCAUGAGUGCAUGUACAUUUGUGUUCUAUAUGAACAUGCAUUCACUUACAUACAUGUCAGUCGUACCGCGGCUCUAUGGCAAUUUUAUGAAAAUUACAAAUAGUAGACGGGAGCAGCAUUAUAUCGCACCGAAGCUUCUAGUUUCUUCGUUAAUUUAUAUUUUUUAAAAUUGCCAUCGAUCGAGCGCACCACACUAAACUGUGUUCAGAAAUAGCAAAAUUUCUCUCCUAAAGUAAACGAAUUUCAACAGAUUAUUCAACCGUAGCGAAUACAUUUUUCAUUUUUGACUUCCUUGUUUCCAAGGGAGUAGGGCUAUUACUGGUCGUACGAUCGAAAGUAGAAUCGGUUUUAUACCUCACGAAAAAAUCAGACAAACUCCACUUCCUGUCGUACUCAUGAAUCUAAAACUAAAUUCAGUUACGAAAUAUUAAAAAUAUGUUCGCGCCGGUUUUUUCUUGAUCUGUUGCAGUGAAGUUUUAAUUUUAUUGUUAACGAAAAUUUCUUAAUUAUUUUUUCUUCGUCUUCAUUCUCUCAUUAUUUUUGUAAACUUAUUAAAGAAGCUGCAAUAUUUUUUAUCAGAGGAUGGGACAAGGGCGUUCGUUACCUAGCCACGUUAGUCUCUUAGAAUCGGAAUGAAAUAAUGUUAAAUUAACUGCUUAAGUGUUACGCAUACCUUGGUUCGAUUACGUUUAUACAUAUAUUAUUGAAAUGAUUGCAUAUUAGUAUAAUAAAUACGAUUUUCAACGAACGAUUGCUUCUGUAAAAAAUCUACCACCGUAGGGUUUCGUUAUUUUAAUUUAAAUAUAUACACGGGAAAAGGUUUCGUGUUUUUAUUAAUUGAUUAACAAAAUAUUUAAAAAAUGUCGCGCCGAUUCACUCCUUUGAGCCAAUGUAUCACUCUGGCUAUUGCCGAUAGCUUUUAAUUUUUAUUUUUACACGUCUAUUGACGACUGAUUACAACUUAUAUUGCUUGAACGUUUUCAAGCAAACGCGGUGCGAGAGCGAGUGUUCGGUUUCUAAUGAUCCGCCUGUGAUCUGGCUGGGUUGUUUCUUGCAUAUCUUCAGCGAAAAAAAUUUUCAAACACACAUAGUCUGACUAAGAUUCUUCAAACGUCAUUCCGCGACGUAUUUUUUUACCGAUAUUUUUUUAAUAAUAUAGCCUCGAUCUCAAAGCGAUGAAUCGAAGCACUUGCUAAUUUCAUUAAUUGACCUAAUUGAAUUAAACUUAGAAAAAAAAAAAAAAAAAA